GGCAACAGAGGGACGCCGAACAGCGGUGGGAAAAACAGCCGGACAGCAUAAACAUGACAAACAAUGACUGUCACUGUGUCGCUUACACGGCAAUGGACGCCAAGUCGGAGGAGCGACCUGUGGGGUCCAAGUAUCAGUUGCUGGACCUGCCCUGGGAGGAUGUCUUGGUGACCCAUGUGCUGUGCUACCUACCUUUGCGGCAUCUGGCCAGCCUGCAGCGCGUGAGCAAGAGCUUUCGCUCCCUUGUUCAGGCCUAUCUGGCCAAUUGCCGCACUUUCGACUCUGCACAGACAGGUCCUCGCAUUCCAAAGGAAGCGUUCUGCUCCAUGCUUCGUGACAACAAGGUCCUCCACAGCCUCUCUGUCCAUGGCUGCUCUGACUGGAUCACUGAUAAAGAGCUGCUGCCUGUCAUUGGUCAGAACCAGCUGCUUCUUCGUGUCGACCUGCGCGGCUGUGUCAGGCUGAGUCGCCAUGCUCUGGUGGCCGUGUCCCUGAGCUGCCCCCGCCUGCAGCAUCUGUGCCUGGCACACUGCGAGUGGGUGGACAGCCUGGCGCUGAGGAGCCUGGCUGACCACUGUGCAGACCUGCGCUCUCUGGACCUCACUGCCUGCAGGCAGCUGAGGGACGAGGCUGUCUGUUAUGUGGUGGCGAAGUGGCCCUCAUUGCGGUCACUCUCUGUGGCUGUUAAUGCUAACAUCACGGACGUGGCUGUGGAGGAGGUGGCCAAGCGCUGCAGGGAGCUGGAGCAGCUUGACCUGACGGGGUGUCUGAGGGUACGCAACGAGGCCAUCAGGACCGUGGCUGAAUAUUGCCCUAAACUGCAGUCCCUAAAGGUGAAUCACUGUCACAAUGUUAGCGAGUCCAGCCUGGGUGUUCUGCGAAGGAGGAAUGUCGAAAUUGACGUAGAACCUCCCCUCCAAAGGGCGCUAGUGCUGCUUCAGGAUGUCGUGGGCUUCGCCCCCUUCAUCAAUCUUCAGAUAUAACACCAACCUGGAACCACAUGCAUCAUACAUCUCAGAGGGAGAGUGCUGAUCUGCAGGCCUCUUCUCUACCUACAGUCAUAUUCUUUAGGCUGUCUCUCAGCAGCAGUUAAGUCUUUUUCUGAGAAUUAUGAUACAUGUGACCUCUGCGGCAGUCUAGAAACAGGUUAUCUCAUCUUUGAUGUAUUUGGAGCAGCUCUCUGUGCUGGCACACUGCAAUAUCAUUGAUGAAAUAUGGAAAUGUAUAGUAGUGUUUUAGCGUAGCAGUAUCUGUCCAAAUCCAAUCCUGGAGGCUACAGCUCCCCUGUUGAUUAUUAAUAUUAGCAUCAGGUGCAUUCCAACGGGGGAGAUUGCAGUAGCUGUCCAGACUGGACAUUGGCACACAACUGUUUUAGAAACUUUUAGCUCUUGAACACUUUUCUGAACACUUAUGGAAUCUGUCAUACUUGACGUUUGCAUGUAUAAAUGCAAAGUUCUUUGUAUUCUACUAUGACAAUAUUAUGCAUUCUGAGCACUCCAAUAGCUUUAGAAGUCCUUUGAAUUAUGAUGGGACGCUCGUCUGGUUCAUCACCGAAUUGCAGGAGUUGUAAUGUUUAAUUUUAUUUAUUUGGAUUAUUUUUGCUUUGAUUUUUGGUGAAGACAAAGCUGUUUAAUUUUGCACUUAUGAGAGACUGAAAAAAAAAAUCACUUGCACUUUCCAGAGUAUCCAUUUGUGUCAUACCUUACUGAGCAAGCGGAUUGUGAUGUGUCCCAGGGUCAGUGGACAUACAUGCACCUUCCCCAUUUCUGCACAGUAGAAUUGCUACUGUAUAUGGUAAAAACUAACGCACAGACAUUAUAGGUCUACCUAUUGAGUUAACUGGAGUUAACUCACCACAUGCAGAUGCAUUUAAUACAAUCUUAAGGUACUGAUCAUUUCAGUGAUGGCAUUGUUUAAAAAAAAAAUUAUUUAAGGUUUGAAGCUUUAUGUGAAUUGCAUUUGGAAAGGAAUGGCACCAGGCUUAGAUUGGUCUCAUUAGGAAGUUAAUCAAAUAAAAAAAAUGACACUUAAUAGUGUUGAGCCAUUUAUUAUUUGACUUCAACAGCCCAUCACAAUCACCUGUUCCAUUUAAAGGAGAAUUGAUUGAAAUGAAAACUGUCAUGCAGAGUGGUUUGAUGCUGGUAAUUAUAAAGAAUGGUAGAAUCCAGGGGUUGUAAUGUCUAAAACAGAAAUAUAGCCAAAUUAUUUACUUUCCAAAUAACCAGUGACAUUGUCAUAAAUCUUAAUAAAAGGGGUUUCACUGGGUACUGUUUUGCUCCCACCAUUCUGCUUGUACCUCUUCAGCAUGAAUGUAUUUUUACAAAUACAUAGAUCAACAUCCUAUCUCAAAACUAGCGUAGAGCAGUCUCAGGCAUCAGGCAGCAAAUACAUAACCAUUUCCCAUCUUAACGAUAAAUAAUCCUGCAGUUAUGUUUUCAAAAAUCAGUGGUAUUCCCUUUUUAAGAGUGAAUUUCAUUACGAAUAUCUUUUUUCUGAGUCACUUCAUGUGUUGACAUGGCCACUGUAUAACAAACCAGCACACCUGGUUCAGCUCAUGCUGUGUGAGUUGAGCUAGGGGUGUUGGAGCUCCUGUGGGCAGGCUGUUCUACUGUAUCACACGUUGUAUUAUCAUGUCUUUUUUUUAUGAUUCUGUAUACCUGUGAAAUGUUAUUGUAAAAGAUGUGUAAUUGUCUUAUGCAAAUUGCUGUAUGAGGGGAAUAUAUCAUCUUCUGCAA